AUGGCCUUUGGAGACCUUCUAGAACAGGUGGGCAGCACAGGCCGCUUUCAGGUCCUGCAUGUCACCUUGCUCUGUAUGCCCAUCCUUAUGAUGGCCAGUCAUAAUCUGUUGCAGAACUUUGUGGCCUUAGUACCUCCCCACCACUGCAGUGUCCACAGGAACCUGUCCCUGUCUAGUCUGAGCCCGGAGCAGGUUCUGCUGCUCACCGUGCCCCAGGACAUUAAGAACAGCAGGCCGGAGAGAUGCCUGCGGUAUGCUGCGCCCCAGUGGCAGCUCCUGUCAGAGAAUGGGACCUACAGUCCAAAGGUGGAGCGAGACAGUAGUAAUGAUACUGAUGACCUUCUAGAUGCAGAGCUGCAGGGCUGUAAAGAUGGAUGGGAGUACAGCAUGACAGAGAUGAGCUCCACAAUUAUCUCUGAGUGGGACUUGGUCUGCGAUCUUCGCUCGUUGAAGCAGAUGGGACAAACCAUUUAUAUGGGAGGGGUGCUUGUGGGAGCUGUAAUCUUUGGGGGACUGUCGGACAGAUUUGGACGGCGUUUCCUGCUGCUAAUCUCCAACCUGUUGAUGGCAGUGGGAGGGACGUGUGCUGCCUUCUCCACCUCAUUCUCCGUCUUCUGCCUCUUCCGCUUCAUCACUGGCAUGGCCCUUUCUGGCCUGGGGCUCAACUCCUUCUCUCUCAUUGUGGAGUGGAUUCCCACAAGAGUGAGGACAGUGGUGGGUACAGGGACAGGCUACUGUUACACAAUGGGUCAGCUGAUCCUGGCAGUAGUGGCCUACUACAUUCGGGACUGGCGCUGGCUAACGCUGGCUGUCUCCGUACCUUUCUACAUCACCUUCCUCUACUCAUGGUGGUUCCUGGAGUCUGCAAGAUGGCUCGUCCUGACCAGAAAGUCUGAGCAAGCGGUCAAAAAUCUCAAAACAGUAGCCCGAAUCAAUGGACGCCGUGAAGAGGGUGACAGAAUCAAUCUUGAAAUGCUGCAGGAUUCCAUGAAGAAGGAGAUGUCCUGCUCACAGGGCUCCUACUCUGUAGUGGACCUGCUCCGCACGCCCACCAUGAGGAACAUCACCAUCUGUCUCAGUGCUGUCUGGUUCUCCACCAGCUUCGCCUACUAUGGUCUAUCUAUGGAUCUGCAGAAGUUUGGCGUGGACAUCUACUUGAUUCAAGUGAUAUUCGGAGCGGUGGACAUCCCUGCCAAAGUAGUGGUUACAGUGUCCAUGAGUAUAUUUGGGCGACGGCCCUCACAGUGCGCUGCACUCAUAUUGUCUGGAGUCACCAUUUUGAUCAACAUAUUGGUGCCAUACGAAAAACAGACAGUGCGCACCACUCUAGCCGUGCUGGGUAAGGGGUGCCUGGCCGCGUCAUUCAACUGCUGCUACCUCUACUCUGGAGAGCUGUACCCCACCGUCAUCCGGCAGAAUGGCAUGGGCUGGGUGUCCAUGAUGGCUCGUGUAGGAGCGAUGGUGGCCCCCAUGGUGCUGCUCCUUGGGGAGGCUGUCCCGUGGCUGCCUGGCUUCAUCUAUGGGGUAGCCCCCAUCUUAAGUGGGGUGGUCGCCAUCUAUCUGCCAGAAACACUUGGUGCACCACUACCCGACACUAUCCAGGAUGUGGAUGAGAGGUAA